GUCUUCCCGACCACGCCCCAGGCCCCACUUCACUCCGCCUCCGCUCCCCUUUCCUGUCGCCGCUCUGACGACAACACCCUGCUGCGCCUCCCACUUCACUCUCCACCCACCACCGGCCCCAAAACCCUAGCCGGGGAGCUCGGCCAGCCGCGGAGGAGCUCCACGCCGCGCCGCCGCAGCGCGCCCCUCGGCCACCGCCUGCUGCGUGUCGCCAUUCCUCGGUACUCUCCAUUGCCAGGAAACCAGUGGUUACUCGGUCAACCAGUCAAAAUGCAGUUCCAGUCUGGCAACUGUGCCAAAACGUUGGCAAAAGUAGAUGGAUCGGGUUCAAAAGAUUUGUCAUUCGACCCAAGCGCAUUUGGUUUUCCACAAGAUGCUAAUCAGGAAUAUUUCAACCGGGCUUUACAGUACGGUUAUCCAGUUUCAACGCAAGGCUUUCAAGAUAAAGGAUCUUUACCAAGCGUUCCAGAUUUUGUUCUGAAUAAUGCUUCUGCUGCACUCCGGGAAUAUCAACAAUUUGACCACUUUUUCAGACCACUUCAGCCUCUAGCACCUGAUGGAAACCAGGUACAAAAUAGUGGCAUAAAUACCGCACAUCGCAGUAGACCUUCUAAUGCAUCCUCCUGCCUUGAUCAUGUAGAAGAAAUAACUUCUCAUGACACGGAUGGUUAUGACGACAGAGCUAUCUCAUUUGGGAGUAGCUGCAGCACAGGAAUUGUGUGUUAUCCAUAUAGCAGCCCUAUGCAAAGCGAUGACUGCAUUGGAGACACACAGGAUGGGACCUGGGCUGCUCUUAUGCAAAUGCAACAGGCUUUGGAAGCGGCUAAUGAAGAGUGCAGUGACUUGACUUUCAAUAACACAGAACUUUCAGGUGGGAAUACCAUGCAGCAUCAAGUUGUUUGGGACAAUGGCUGUUUAGCAAGUCCGUCUUUCACCUCAAACUUCUUACCCUUCCCUGGAGAGGCUGAAACCAUGGUCACAAAUACCAGCGCUAUGCAUAACUUACAUAACUCUGUUGACCUCCUGUAUGAUAAUGAUCAAGACAUAUCAUCUUUUGAGCUCAAAGUGGCUGAACAGAAAGAGGCGACCACAAGCCAUGUUUAUGAACAUCGAGAUGAAAUGCAUUCUGCUGAAUUGGGGCGAAAUCCUGGCCACGAUGAAUCUUUUGAUUUGCCAAUAACCCAGGACAUACAGUUCAGCUCAUUUGUUCAUGGUCCAGAUGGAUCUGUAGAUAGUGGAAUGAACCUUUAUGAUUGUGAAGAGCAAAUGGAAAUUGAUUCACUCCUAAAUUCAUUUGGAGCUUCAAGUGAUACCUUUGCACAGACAUAUGAAAUGUUACAAAAAGGUGAAAAUAUUGUUGACCUUGAAAAAAGGGCUAAAUUAGCGGAAAGCAUUUCUGCUACAUUCAUCACUAAUACUGUCCCAUAUAUUACACAAGCUGGGGCGACUGAGUCAACUGUCUCUGAUGGAUCUUCUUGGACUCAACAAUAUCAAUCUACUUCCCAGUCAUGUGGUUUAUCUUAUUCUUCAGCUUCUCAAUGGGAAACCAUGCCAGGUACUGUUUUUCCUUUAGGGGGUUGUCAAAAUGAUGUUACUGAAUCCAAUUCAAUGACUAGCCUGGGGACAAAUGGCGAUCUCCUGUUAUCUUUUGGCCAUACUUCAAUGCAGCAGCAGCAACAGAGUGUAUCUAGUGAUACUAAUUUGGAAUUGAUUGACAAUUUUGCUAACCCUUAUCAAGAGUUCGUGACAGGCGUGGAUGGUCAAAGGAGCCACCUAUACCGUGACGAAGCACUGGCAACCCAAGGUGUAUGGGCGGCACAUCCUGGUACGAUGGUACACUCUUCAACCGAUACUGGACAUUCAGAUGUACAGCUGCCCAUGGCACAGACUACUACUGUUCCGCUGCCUGCUCCGAGCUUGUCCAAGGGCCCCAACUCAUUAUUUAUUGGAACAGAGCUUAAGAAGGUUGACCUACAUGAUACAAGUAUGCAGAUGCCCUUGACACAGACUACUGUUCAGCUGCCUGCUCCGUGCUUGUCCAAGGACCCCAACUCAUCAUUUAUUGGAGCAGAGGUUCAGAAGGUUGACCAAAAUCAUUCAGAUAUGCAGCUUCCCUUGACACAGACUAGUCAUGUUCAGCUGCCUGCUAUGAACUUGUCCGAGUACCCGACCUCGUCAUUUGUUGGAGGAACAAAGCUUAAAAAAGUUGACAAACAUGAUCCACUGCCUGCUACGAGCUUGUCCGAGGAUCCAAAAUCAUCAUUUAUUGGAGGAGCAGAGCUUAAGGCAGUUGACAAACAUGAUUCAGACAUGCAGCUUCCCAGGAUACAGGCUAGUCAUGUUCCGCUGCCUGCUGUGAGCUUGUCUGAGGAACCGAACUCAUCCUUUAUUGGAGGCACAGAGCUUAAGGAAGUUGGCAAACAUGAUUCAGAUAUGCCGCUUCCCAUGACACAGGCUAGUCAUGUUCCGCUGCCCGCUGUGCACUUAUCUGAGGACACGAAAUCAUCAUUUAUCGCAGGACCAGAGCUUAAGGAAGUUGACAAACACGAUUCAGAUAUGCCGCUUCCCAUGACACAGGCUAGUCAUGUUCCGCUGCCUACCAUGAGCUUACCCGAGGACACGAAAUCGUCAUUUAUUGGAGGAACAGAGCUUAAGGAAGUUGACAAACAUGAUUCAGAUAUGCAGCAUCCCAUGACACCGGCUAGUCAUCUUCUGCUGCCUUCUGUGAGCAUGUCCAAGGAUCCAAAAUCAUCAUUUACUGGAGGUACAGAGCUUAAGGAAGUUGGCAAACAUGAUUCAGAUAUGCAGCUUCCCAGGACGCAGACUGUUCAUGUUCAUCUGCCUACGCCGAGCUUGUCCAAGGAGUCCGAGUCAUCAUUUGUUGGAGGAACAGAGCUUAAGGAAGUCGACAAACAUGAUUCAGAUAUGCAGCCUCCCAUGACACAGGCGAGUCAUGUUCCGCUGCCUGCUGUGAGCUUGUCUGAGGACCCAAACUCAUCCUUUAUUGGAGGUACAGAGCUUAAGGAAGUCGGCAAACAUGAUUCAGAUAUUCAGCUUCCCAUGACACAGACUGUUUGUGUUCAGCUGCCUGCUAUGAGCUUAUCCGAGGAUCCGAAAUCAUCAUUUAUCAAAGGAACAGAGCUUAAGGAAGUUGACAAACAUGAUUCAGAUAUACCACUUCCCGUGGCACAGGUUAGUCAUGUUCCACUGCCUACCAUGAGCUUACCUGAGGACACGAAAUCGUCAUUUAUUGGAGGAACAGAGCUUAAGGAAGUUGACAAACAUGAUUCAGAUAUGCAGCCUCCCAUAACACCGGCUAUUCAUGUUCUGCUGCCUGCUGUGAGCUUGUCCGAGGACCCGAAAUCAUCAUUUACUGGAGGUACAGAGCUUAAGGAAGUUGGCAAACAUGAUUCAGAUAUGCAGCUUCCCAUGACGCAGACAGUUCGUGUUCAGCUGCCUGCUCCGAGCUUGUCGAAGGACCCCGACUCGGCAUUUGUUGGAAGAACAGAGCUUAAGAAGGUUGGCCACAUUGGAUAUCCUCAGCAAAGUAUCCUGCUCUCAGCAAGCAAACCUUCACACCCAAUCGGUUUGCCAGUUAUCAAGUUUGAUGACGAGGUGGGUUCACGAUCAAAGAAGCGGAAAAGGUCAACAGAAGAUGUUUUAGCAUCGCAUGCACAAGCCAUGUUCGAGGGUGGGAGACUGCAAUGUAGAAGGACACCUGAGUUGGCUUGGGCUGAUGCCACAUUGACUGAGAAGGUUGACGGUGAAAAAGCAACGAUGGAAAAUAGCACCUUCGUUUCUCGAGCUCAGAGAAGGCUUACUUUAACGACCAGCUUGAUUCAGUGUCUCCUGCCUGCUCUGUCAGCGAGACUUCUUGCAGCAAAAGUUGCUGAUUGCGGUGAAGCCAUUGUGUACCACAUUUGUAAACUGAUGCUCAGUGAUAUGUCUGACCCAGUUCAAUCUUUUGUCAGCGACACCAACAACUUCAUGCAAAGCGAAAACAUGCCACCGAACGAGACAAGCACCUCCGGAAAGGAGGACUGUAAACUCUUAUCUGAAGUUCUGGAAACCUUCGAUGCGAGGCUUGGCGGGCUACAAAGCUCCUUGUCAAGAAGCGAGAUGAUGCCCAGCUUCCAAGACCACGCGUCGGCGCUACGCCAAAUCGAGCAGUGGUCCAUGACCCAUCAGCUCAUAAAGCUGAGCGAAUACAAGAGACUGCACGCCGGCUACGGCUCGGGUCCUAAAAGGCCUCUCUGCGUCGGAGCCAUCCGGAAGCAUGCCGGAGGAUCUUCCGCGCCGGUCUCGGAGCUGAAAAGGAUCCGGUGUCGCUUGCUCAAGUAGCCGCUCGCUCGCGCACCGGCUCGCCCCUAAGGAAAAAAGUGGUGUUGCUCGGUGACUUGAGGAGUAAUAUGUGGUCAUACUGAUGAUGUAGCGAGGAGUUAGGAGGGUAUUACGUAGGAGUUAACUUCGUGUGAAGUAGUGUAUUUUGGGAUGGGGGUGCAGGGACAGAGCGUGUUGUGUCAAUGUCAUGUCGCAAACAGGGCGGGAAUGUGCUUUGGAACUGAGACGGUGCCCGGGACCGCGUGCACCGCCUUGUCCGGCGGUGUCAGAUGACGCGCCGAUGGCUAUCGUCGCCGGAGAAAACGGCCCGGCUGUGGCGGGGUUUCCGUGAGUUGAGCUGGUGUGAGUGUUGGAUGGACGGGGUGUGCAGAGAGGAAGAGACCUUUUGAUCCCAGCUGCAGCUGCUCCCUGUUAUUACAUUGUAAUCACACUGACUUGACGAAAAAAGAUGCUGGGCUUCCAACUGCGCGUCAGGAUUAACGCAAGUUCUUGCUC